GGGACCUGGGGGCGGAACGAACCAAGGGGCGGGGCGAACGUGCAGACUGCGGACGGGGAGGCUUCGGCCCGCCCUUGGGUCUGCCGACCCAGGACCAAUCCGCCUGUGACUCCUCCUCCCCCUUCGCUUCCACCCAAGCAGACCGUGGAGGGCCCCAGAUUGAUGGUGAUGGAGGCUUCAGCCAAUCCGCCGAAGCGCGGGGGCGGAGUCCACACACAGGCUGGGCCGGGAAGAGCUGUCCGCGCACUGGUGGUGCUGAAAAGGGCGCUUCAGAGGCGCUGAAAGGCCAGAAAUGAAAAAUCAAAGUUGAAACCCUACAAACAUAGAAACUUGACAUUCUCCUAGAGGACAGGAAAGCCCAUUACACAGGAACUUCUGUAAAAUAGAAGGAUACGUCCCAUAGGAGGGCCUGGAUUAUAGGCAAGGGGCAUAUUGGGGGCUGAACCCAGCUUUGUCGUUCCCGGCACCCUGGGAAGAGGAGAUUCAGAUUCCAGAUGUUGUUGUAAGGGCGAGGAGAAGGGACUGUAAUUAUUUCUGGGACCAGAGUUUCCUUUGCCUUCCCUAGGGGCUGAGGGAGUGAGGAUUGUGGUCCUGGCUCAUAUGGUCCCUCCUUCUUCCAUCUGCACUUCCUCCUCCUUCCUCCCGCCCCCCCAAUAAAUCCCAAGCCACUCCCUUCGCCCGUCCCCAGGAUCUGACGUGAGCUCGACACCUUUCUCUGCUUCUCCCUCCCGCAGCUCUAGUGCCAGAGCUUCAGCUCUCUAGGUUCUGCAACCCCCUUCCCUCCCCGCCAAGCCCCGCUGAAGCCCAGUAGGGAUCUUCCCGAUCCUUGAACCCACCCCAGGCCCCGGGAAGCUGCCUUGCCUUCCUCAGCUAAAUCUCACCUUGGUAGACCCAGGAGGCGGAGCAAGAGGGUAACCCAGGAGACCUAGCUCCUUCGGCCCUCUCGGCCCUCUCGCCUCCACCCACUGCAGCCGGAGCCGCGCCCCCUCUCCCACAGAUUCGGGAGCCGAGAACAGAGGCGAUUGGGCAAAGAGGGGUGGGCUUCAGGCGAUCUCCCAGCCCAAUUCUUCCCCUCCAUCCCGAGGGGCCGAGAAAUUGUCUUCCUUGCUAACUACUAGCAGGGAAAAACAUUAAAGGGAAAGAUAGAAGGAGACGGAGGAAAGGUGACAACGAGAUUAUUUAAGAGAGGUGCAGAGGAGACAGAGGAAAGGUGACAGCUAGAUUAUUUAAGAUAGGCGCAGAGAAGAGAAAUCAGAGUGAGUCGCCAUGGGGAUUCCCAAGGCCCAACACCCGCCGCCUCCCCAGCUGCUGUUCCUAAUUCUGCUGAGCUGCCCCUGGAUUCAGGGUCUUCCCAUGAAAGAGGAGGAAGCACUGCUGGAGCCUGGAAGCGAGACCCCCACAGUAGCCUCGGAGGCCUUGGCUGAACUGCUCCAUGGGGCCCUGCUGAGGAGGGGCCCAGAGAUGGGCUACAUGCUGGGAACUGAUCCAGACCCCACACUAGCCAGCCCUCCAGCCAGCCAGACUCUUGCAUCGCCCUCCCUGCCACGGGCCACUGAACCAGGGACAGGGCCUCUGACAACAGCCGUAACCCCUAAGUGGGGUAGGGGAGCAGGCCCCACCGCACCGGAGCUGCUGACCCCACCCCCGGGAACUACGGCCCCGCCCCUUUCCGGUCCAGCAUCCCCAGGCCUGCCUCUCAGGCCUGAGGGAGGAGAGGAGGAGACGACGACCACCAUCAUCACCACAACAACUGUCACCACCACCAGCCCAGUUAUGUGUAAUAACAACAUCUCCGAGGGCGAAGGGCAUGUGGAGUCUCCAGAUUUAGGGAGUAGCACCAGCCACACCUUGGGACCCCUGGACUGCACAUACAGCAUCCAUGUCUACCCCGGCUAUGGCAUUGAGAUCCAGGUACAGAUGCUGAACCUGUCUCGGGAGGAGGAACUCUUGGUGCUGGCUGGUGGAGGUGCCCCAGGCCUGGCCCCCCGACUCCUGGCCAACUCCUCCAUGCUGGGAGAAGGACAGGUCCUUCGGAGUCCAACCAAUCGGCUGCUCCUGCACUUCCAGAGCCCUCGGGUCCCAAGGGGCAAUGGCUUCAGGAUCCACUAUCAGGCCUACCUCCUGAGUUGCGGCUUCCCUCCCCGGCCGGCCCAUGGGGAUGUGAGUGUGACAGAUCUGCACCCUGGGGGCACUGCCACCUUCCACUGUGAUUCAGGCUACCGGCUGCAGGGCGAAGAGACCCUCAUCUGCCUCAAUAGUACCCGGCCAGCCUGGAACGGUGAACCCCCCAGCUGUAUAGCAUCCUGUGGUGGCACCAUCCAUAAUGCUACACUGGGCCGCAUCGUGUCACCUGAGCCUGGGGGAGCUGCAGGGCCCAACCUCACCUGCCGUUGGGUCAUUGAAGCAGCUGAGGGACGCCGGCUGCAUCUGCACUUUGAGAGAGUCUCACUGGAUGAGGACAAUGACCGGCUGAUGGUGCGCUCAGGGGGCAGUCCCCUGUCCCCAGUGAUCUAUGACUCUGACAUGGACGAUGUCCCAGAGCGAGGUCUCAUCAGUGAUGCCCAAUCCCUCUAUGUGGAGCUGCUUUCAGAGACACCUGCUAAUCCCCUGCUCCUGAGCCUCCGAUUUGAAGCCUUUGAGGAAGAUCGCUGCUUCGCCCCAUUCCUGGCACAUGGCAAUGUCACUACCACAGACCCGGAGUACCGGCCAGGGGCACUGGCUACCUUCUCAUGCCUCCCAGGAUAUGCCUUGGAGCCCCCUGGCCCCCCCAAUGCCAUCGAAUGUGUGGAUCCCACAGAACCCCACUGGAAUGACACAGAGCCAGCCUGCAAGGCCAUGUGUGGAGGGGAGCUGUCAGAGCCAGCUGGUGUGGUCCUCUCUCCAGAUUGGCCCCAGAGCUAUAGCCCCGGCCAGGACUGUGUGUGGGGCCUACAUGUCCAGGAAGAGAAGCGCAUCUUGCUCCAAGUUGAGAUCUUGAAUGUACGUGAAGGGGACAUGCUGACUCUGUUCGACGGGGACGGUCCCAGCGCCCGAGUCCUGGCCCAGUUGCGGGGACCUCAACCGCGCCGCCGCCUCCUCUCCUCUGGGCCCGACCUCACGCUGCAGUUCCAGGCACCGCCCGGGCCCCCAAACCCUGGCCUGGGCCAGGGUUUCGUGUUGCACUUCAAAGAGGUCCCCAGGAACGACACAUGCCCUGAACUGCCACCUCCGGAGUGGGGCUGGAGGACGGCUUCUCACGGGGACCUGAUCCGGGGAACGGUGCUUACUUACCAGUGCGAGCCUGGCUACGAGCUGCUCGGCUCGGACAUUCUCACCUGCCAGUGGGACUUGUCCUGGAGCGCAGCGCCCCCCGCCUGCCAAAAGAUCAUGACUUGUGCCGACCCUGGUGAGAUCACCAAUGGCCACCGUACCACCUCGGAUGCUGGCUUCCCUGUUGGCUCCCAUGUCCAGUACCGCUGUCUGUCGGGGUACAGCCUGGAGGGGGCAGCCGUACUCACCUGCUACAGCCGGGACACAGGCACACCCAAGUGGAGCGACCGAGUCCCCAAGUGCGCCUUGAAGUACGAGCCGUGCCUGAACCCCGGGGUGCCGGAGAAUGGCUAUCAGACCCUGUACAAGCAUCACUACCAGGCGGGCGAGUCUCUGCGCUUCUUCUGCUAUGAGGGCUUUGAGCUCAUCGGCGAGGUCACCAUCACCUGUAUUCCCGGCCACCCCUCACAGUGGACCAGCCAACCCCCACUCUGCAAAGUGGCCUAUGAGGAGCUUCAGGACAACCGAAAACUGGAAGUGACCCAGACCACCGACCCAUCACGGCAGCUGGAGAGCGGGAACCUCGCCUUGGCCAUCCUGCUGCCCCUAGGCUUGGUCAUUGUCCUCGGCAGUGGCGUUUACAUAUACUACACCAAGCUGCAGGGAAAAUCCCUUUUCGGCUUCUCAGGCUCCCAUUCCUACAGCCCCAUCACUGUGGAGUCCGACUUCAGCAACCCACUGUAUGAAGCUGGGGAUACACGGGAGUAUGAAGUGUCCAUCUGAACCCCAAGACUAAGGCUGCAGGACCCAAGAUGCCCCUCCCCUCCUCAUUCUGGGCAGGCAGGAGUACAGGACCUGGUCUCUGGCUCCUUUCUGCCCUGCUGUGUAAAUAGUCUCCCAGUCCCAUGGUGGGGGGCAGGGGCUCUAACAGCCCUGGGGACCCUACAGUAAAUAAACCAGCAUCCUGCCACCCAAAACUUCCUCUUCUCAGUUGCCAAACAAGGGGCCUACCCCAACCUAUCCUAUUGGCUUUGGAUCCUGGCAUGGGAACUCAGCUCUCCUGAAACUCCUGGGGCCCUCCAGCCCAGGUUACCCCGUAAGGACUGCCCCUGAGAGCUCUGGUGCUCCCUCGGCCAUGAAGGCUCUGCCCUUCCCAGAUGCUCUGGCUCCAGCCUGACCCCUGGGCCUUGGAGGGUCGGAAGAAGGAUGAAGGGGAGAGCUGGGACAAGAAGGCCCCUGUCCCCUUCCUGCUGUCUCCCCAACUCACAAUCUCUCUCCACCUCUGCUUCUGGAUUUUUGUUUUUGACCAAUAAACAGA